AUGGCGUUUCCCCAGCCGCGGCCCGGCCCCGCCGAGCUGCCCCGGCGCCUGGUGCGGAGCAUCGAGUGCGGCCAGGGCGCCGUGCGGGCCGCGCGCUUCAACGCCGACGGCAACUACUGCGUGACGGGCGGCAGCGACAAGACGCUCAAGCUGUGGAACCCGCGCAAGGGCACCCUGCUGCGCUCCUACCUGGGCCACGGCUACGAGGUGCUCGACGCCGCGGGGUGA